AUGAGGACCUAUAAACGUAAAACUGAGAGAGGAAGACCGUUUUUGAACGAGCAGCAAAUGAGGUUCUUGUUAACGGAAAGUCUUUGCGGACAGUCGCUGCUGACUGAAAUAAACUUGAUGAAUUACAGCGAUUCUGUUAGAUACAGCAACAGAGAGAAAAUGAGGUCAGUUGACAAAAAGCUUAGCUCAGCUGUUUUAAAUAAAAUUUUAAAUCAUUUAUGGUACCUUAAUCCUGAAAAUUGUUUAAUGGCUUUAGUUGAUGAAAAUGUAGAUACAGAAACAAAAAAAAAUAUGAUUGAAAAAAUGUUUGAUGUUUCCGAUGAUGUUGAUGAACUUGAUUUAUCAGACAACAGUCAAAUUCGAAAUUUAAAAAAUUAG